CACAGCAAAUUAUUCUCCCUUGACCAAAUAAUAACCACCAUAGAUAAAAAUCCAUCUUCUCUCAUUAUUACCCUAUGUUUUGACAUAUAUUUCACCUUUUGCUGCUCUCUGCCAAUUCCUCGGGAUUGCGCUGAUCAGAAACACGAUAAGCUUCGUCCCUCCCGCACAUCUCGCUCAGAUGCCUACACUCGCUGUUACAAACUUUAAUGUUGUAUGCUCUGUUCUUGGCGGCUUCAUCACGCUCUUUGGGCUUGUAUCGUACUUGUUCAAGGAGAAAUUCUAUCUCUCCGAAGCCUUGAUAUCCCUUCUCGCGGGAGUUGUCUUCUCUCCGCCUGCCACCAACUUCGUGAGGCCACUAGAAUAUGCCAAUGGAGAUAAAAUUGCCCUCGAGCAGAUUACGCUCGCCUUCUCACGCCUCGUCCUUGGCGUCCAACUUGUCCUCGCUGGCGUGCAGCUGCCCAGUCGGUAUCUGAAGCGAGAAUGGAAACCGCUCUCGCUUUUGCUUGCGCCUGUUAUGACCACCAUGUGGAUGUGCAGUAGUCUGCUGAUUUGGGCCAUGGUGCCCAACUUGCCAUUUCUGCAUGCAUUGGCGGUGGGCGCUUGUGUCACGCCGACGGACCCCGUGUUGUCGAAUUCCAUCGUCAAGGGCAAAUUUGCGGACAAGAAUGUGCCGAAGGAGCUGCAGAAGAUUAUUAUCGCCGAGUCUGGAGCAAAUGAUGGACUUGGGUACCCGUUCUUAUUUCUCGCCUUAUAUUUGAUCAAAUAUACUGGUGAGGGCGGCCUCGGCCAGACAGGUGGCGCAGGAAAGGCGAUGGGAUUGUGGUUUUACGAGACCUGGGCCUACACGAUCAUCCUUAGUGUCGUAUAUGGCGCUGUUGUCGGCUGGACUGCAAACCAGCUACUUCACUGGGCAGAAGAGCGGAGGUUCGUCGACCGCGAAAGCUUCCUUGUCUUUGCCAUCGCGCUUGCUCUGUUCAUUCUCGGAACGUGCGGGAUGAUUGGGACUGACGACGUCCUUGCGUGUUUUAUUGCUGGAAAUGCUUUCACGUGGGACGAUUGGUUCCGUCUAGAGACUUUGGAUGACUCGCUUCAGCCUACAAUCGACAUGCUUCUCAACUUGUCGGUAUUCCUGUGGUAUGGGGCCACAUGCCCCUGGGAGUUGUUCCUCAACAAUAACGUCAUUCCCCUCUACCGCCUCGUCUUCCUUGGGAUACUGAUCUUGGCUUUCAGACGCCUCCCAGUUGUCUUCGCCAUGCACAAAUUCAUCCACCAGAUUGAUGAAAAGCGACAGGCAGUUUUCGUCGGCUUCUUCGGGCCCAUCGGCGUCUCGGCCAUCUUUUAUCUCUACAUCGGACGGGAAUUUCUACACGAGAUAUCUACUGGCGAUGCUGAGAGACCAGACGCCGAAUCGCUUGCGGAAACGCUAAAUGUCGUCGUCUGGUUCCUUGUAAUUUGCAGCAUCGUCGUCCACGGAAUCAGCAUCCCCCUUGGAAAACUAGGCUUUUACCUCCCCCGUACCAUAUCCAACGCCCUCGACUCCACGCGCGAGUCCGAGAUCGAAGACAUCGAGGAGCCACGCUGCUUCCAGCUCCGUCGCCGCAACCGAAACCGCAGAGAGCGGAACCACCCGGGCCAGAUCUCUGCGCCACGGGAUGCCGUACUGAAUCGUGGGACUGUGAUUCCUGCAUUUAAGGACGAUACUGCGCCGUCAAGUGGGAGGAGUACGGUUAUUGGGAGGGAGAAUGUAGCAAUUAAGUUUGCUGGAGAUUCGAUUACGAGGGUGGGGUGAGGAGUGGGCGUGGUUCUGAUGCUGGGUAUUCGUUUAUGGAAGGUGCCUGAUAUUGAUAAGAGGCUCUUGCUCGAAUGUUUUACUCCCUGGAGGAUUUAGGUUGGAAAGCUUUACAGGUAAAGUGCCAUUGUCUAUAGGAGGGUCACUUUGAACGAGACUAUAACGGUGGGAAUAUGCAUGGGGGUCAAAAGCUGCGUGUGGAACCAUGGAGGAGCAGUUGGUUCUAACAAAGUAUACUAUCACGGCCAUCUGUUGGGGGAUUUACCUUGGCCAAUACUAAUCGCAUGCCGUGGUCAGUAAUUGUUUCUUAGCAGCUAUAACUCGAGCAGGGCGAGGCACUUCAUCCAUAUAGACACUUUAAACCGGUCUUGCGAAAUACCCCGUACUCAUCGUCUCAGAAAUAGAUUUGACUUAUUGGAACGUAUUGAUUGCAAUCACGUAGA